UUCGCUUCAAUUUUGUCUAUUAAUAAUUUUAUUUACAUACAAUGGUCUUUUAUUUAUUAUCUUUUACAAGCUUAUCCGCGCAUCUUGCGAUAUCGAUCUCAGAAAACAAUUAAAAUCACUGGUCUGAGGUUCUUUGAGAAAGAAUAUAAUAUAUUCGUUCUCCUCUUUUGUCAACGUCCAUCCUUGUUAUGCUUUACGAGUCGGAUUCACGGAGGUCACUCAGCAAUUUUCUUCGAUAAUGAUUGUCAUUACUAUAUGUACAUCCGGCUUGAGUAUUUAUCCCUUCCUUGAAAUAUCUUACACAGCGAUAAGAAUGUUUUCAAAAAAUCAGUAUCCGCCGUGUAUUCGCGAACCAACGAUGAAGAUGCGAACGAGGACAAUCCUCGCCGCUUGCUUCGCGAUCGUGACGUUUAACAAAUUCGGCACGGCGAGCGUAAAAGUUUCAUCGAAGGUCGACUUGGAUUCCGACGAAAAUGAAGAGACAUUGAGCAACGCGACCUUCGAUACGGUCGCGAAUCCGAAUGAAUCUGCUGAUCCAUUGGAAUCAAUUUCGCGUGCGUUUAAACCGUCGAUAAUUAGCUGGCAUCACGGAAGCGAACUCGUAAAAUCAAACGAACCAAGAAAAAGAAGAAUUUAUUUUUCGCAGGAUAAUUCAACUAAACGACCACAGAUUAUCAAUAACAUUCAAAUCGUUAUAAACAGCAACGAUAGCCUAUCCAACAGAAGUUCUUGCAAAGAUUCUGGUAUAUGUGACGUAUCCGUUUCUUCGAAACCAGACGGGAAAGGAAAUAUUGUAACCGAAGUGCAUCUUAGUAUUACCACGAAUACAAAACCGGAUGCUAAAGUCGAUGAUGUUCCAGUAAUCGACAGUUUUCGAGGUAUUAGUGAGGAUCACGAAGAAAAACCAAUUUUUCAUCCAAUAAACUUGCCGAAUCCAUCAUAUUCACGUCGCGAAAAUAUUCCACAGAUUCACACUAAUUAUCAAGGAUACGGCGAACCCUGGUAUCACCAUCGGCGAACUUUUCAACGACCGCGAACGUAUUGGAGUUACCAUCACUUUAAAGAUGGUGGCAAUGUAGCAUUUCAAGGCCAUAAAACGUGGCCGCGAGACAAACCCAUAGUGGAUGAUAAGAUUGAACCACCACUUAGCAGAACCAAAUUCAGUGAUGAUACGGAAUCAUGAGAUGAUUUAUUAAAUUUGAAAUUAUUCUUUAAUUAUAUAAAUAUUGUUGUAUAAAAAUGAUAUUGAAUCACAUGUAAUUAAAUUCGAUUUCAUUGCCAUAUAAUAAAAUAAGUAAAAUCAUUAUAUAAAAGCGUCAUGAGUUUAAUUUAUACAUAUAAUCAAAAAAAUAUAAUAUUAAUUUAUACAUAUAAUCAAAAAAUAUAAUAUUUAUAUACCUCAUUUAAGCGUGUAGACAUAAAUGCAUAUAUAAUCGUUAAUUUGAUUGCUCGAUAUUGCUCGAGUAAAACAUAAUUUAACAUCAAUAUAAGAAAACUUAUUAAAA